AUGUCCGCUCCCAAGACCAUAUUUGCGUCCAAGACUACGUUUGAUGCCCUCGCUGUAGACUCUGGUGAGGAAACAGAAGAGGAGCAUCUGUCUGAUGCCGAAAACGCACAGGGGAGUGCGCCCAAGGAACCCGUUAAACCAACCAAAUCCGCCAUUAAAAAAGCUCAACGUGUUGCCCGUAUGGAAGCGAGACAACGCGAAAAGCAAAACAAGGCAGCAGCAAGAAGGAAAGAGGCAUCUGGAGCCAGCAGCGACGACACCCCAGCCGACCCGAAAUGCCUAAACCCAGUUGUUGAGGAGGCUUUAAUUGAGCCACCUGUGACUGGAAGAACCCCUGAGCUCACUUUUCCAACUGAGGCGGCCUUGCAGGAAAAAGACAGCUCUAAUGGGCCGACUUUUGUUUCCAAAGAAUCUCCAACCAUUGAAAAGGAAGGAUCUGUGGCGCCUAAGACGUCGCCUGCUUUACCUAUUCCCAAACCGAAAGUGGGAUCAAGAAUCAGCGAAAAUCACAUCUCCGUCGCCUCACCACCUUCAAAUGGGUCGGUAUCCAAGUCUGUUCCAGAGAAAGAUGGGGCCGUCGAUUCAGAGCAAAUCAAAAAAAGGCAAAAUGUAUUAACCCGUGUUAUCUGGACGUUUAUUAUGAUAGGUGGCUUCAUAGGUCUCUUGUUGCUUGGCCACACUUAUAUGAUCCUGUUGGUUAUGCUUUGCCAGACUUUGGUCUACAGGGAGGUUACAGCUCUGUUUUCACUCAAAACAGCAACCCCGGAGUCGCGAGACGUGGAACCCUUGAAAGGAAGAGACCCCUGGAGCAAGACCCUUAACUGGUACUUCUUCGCUGUUACAAACUAUUUCUUGUAUGGAGAAAGCAUCAUCUACUAUUUUAAGCAUGUAGUGUUUGCAGAUGCGAAUCUUCUACCAUUUGCCACAAAUCAUCGUAUGAUUAGCUUCACUCUAUACAUCAUAGGUUUCAUGGGUUUUGUGAUGUCUUUGAAGAAAGGGUACCUCAAGCAGCAAUUUGGCCUCUUCUGUUGGGUUCAUAUGAGUUUACUGUUGAUUGUUGUUUCUAGUCAUUUUAUUGUCAACAAUAUCUUGGAGGGACUCAUUUGGUUCUGGGUUCCCGCUUCGUUGGUGAUCUGCAAUGAUUGUUUUGCCUAUAUUUGGGGCGUCACCGUUGGCCGUACCCCUCUGAUCAAGCUUUCGCCGAAGAAGACGGUCGAAGGAUUUGUCGGCGCGUUCAUAAGCACUAUGAUUUUUUCCGUGUUUUGGGGUGCCUACUUCAUGAGAUUCAAUUACAUGAUCUGCCCUGUGCACGACCUUGGCGUAAGCGCAUGGAACUCAACUCAGUGCACACCAAACCCAGUGUUUGUAUGGAAAACUUGGAAACUUUGGCAACCACUUUCAUCGUUUCUGAAUUCAGUGACUGGUCACACCGUGAACACAAUCUCAUACGCUCCAUAUCAAUUCCACUUGCUAGUGCUUGCGGGUUUCGCGUCUCUUGUAGCGCCGUUCGGAGGGUUCUUCGCCUCUGGGUUCAAACGUGCUUUCAAUAUUAAAGAUUUUGGACAUAGCAUUCCAGGUCAUGGUGGAAUGACCGAUCGUAUGGAUUGCCAGUUCUUGAUGGGUAUUUUUACCUAUGUCUACUACAGCAGCCUCAUUCGAGUGCACCAUGUCACCGUAGGAGGGAUUUUGCAAACAAUCGUCAGCGGACUCACCGUCGAUCAGCAAUUGGAGCUUAUCAACGACCUUUCGAGAUACCUGGAGGGGCAAGGAAUCGUUGUCUCAUAA